AUGAACUCAGGGGGGGUCAGCGCCUGGAAAGACAUAUACGCCUCAGAAAUAGACCUGGGAAUCAACUGCUACCGUCCACAGAGUAUCCAGCACUUGGCCGAUUUGACCAAAUUUUCUCGCAAAGAAAUCCAAAUGAUCUACCGCGGUUUCAAGCAAGGUUCUCCAAACGGCCUGGUUUCCGCCGAUCAGUUCAAAGAGAUCUAUUCCCAGUUUUUCACUCGCGGAGAUUCGACUCACUACGCCAGCCUGGUUUUCAACUCGUUCGAUCAUGACAGAGGCAGUGGACGUAUACGUUUUGAAUUCGUCCAGGCGCUGUCGAUUGUUUCGCGUGGUUCGCUGGAAGAGAAGCUGAAAUGGGUGUUCAAGCUGUACGACGUCGAUGGCGACGGUCUGCUGACAAGGCCUGAUCUGGAAAAGCUCAUAUCCAGUGUGUACGCCUUGUUAGGAAAGCGCGUCGAUCCUCCAGUCACCCACAAAGAGCUACAGGAACACGUGGAUGACUUUUUGACCGUAAUGGCACAGCUUGACGCAUUUAGUCGUUCUCCACAGCCUUAA